AUGGACACUCCAACAGGUGAUUGCAAGAUAUGCCAACAAAACCAAGCCAAAUAUACCUGCCCGGCGUGCAAUACAAAAACUUGCUCUUUAACCUGCUACAAGACUCAUAAAGACCGAGAUUCAUGCACAGGCAAAGUUGAUACAACAAAGUUUAUACAAAAACUGGAGUUGACGGAUAACCCGACACAUUUGAACCGAGAUUAUAACUACCUUCUUAAUGUUGACAGGUCAAUACAUUUAUCAAAAGAAGACAUUAAACAGAAAGCUAGGAAUAUUUUGAAGAGAUCGAAACAGGAAAGCAGACCGGACAGGAAGCGUUUCAGACUGAACGAAGCAGAAAAUGACAAGAGAAGACUUCGAGUCAGCCAGAUCUUCACUCAGAAUCCAACCGUUGUUGUCAAGAGAGACAACACCAUGAUUAUUCAGGUGGCACCAGGGAUGCAGAGAGCCUUGUCCAACAAGACGGGGUAUGACAAAAAGUCAAAUGCAUUUACAUGGACGGUAGAAUGGAUUCUCCUAGAUCAGACAGGAAGUGCCGAAAUAUUCAAAUUCUUGAGCUAUCGGCUAAACGAGAGCUUGAGUCUUAACAAAGCCGUUCCGCUAAACGUAUUGAAGAACCACGGCUUGACCGAAGUCGACCUGUUGACAUUUUACUUAAGGAAUGUCACAAAUACUCCCCCUAAUUCUGUAAUUGAGCUCGAUAAUGAACAGUCCAUCAGUAGUGUAUUGAAGGACAAAAUUGUGAUAGAGUACCCAACCAUUUAUGUAUCUGCAAAUAAAGAGACAAUGGCCAGCCGAGUUGUGGAUGCAGCCCAAGCAUACGAGCCAGAAUCAAUACCGCUGGAUUCUGGUAGCUCUGAUCUGAGCCCAGAUUCGAGUCUGGAGAGCUCUUCGGGUGAGGAAAGUUCCGACGACGACGACGACGACAACUGUGAAUCCGACAGCGAUUCUGACAGUGGACCAGAAGAAUCAUCGGCAAAGCCUUCUGUUGUGAAUGGUACAAGUUCCGACAAGAUACCGGGGGAAAAUACCGCUGUCAAUGAUAUAUAG